GGGAUCGCACUUGUGCCAUGGCUUCAGCAAAGACGGUGCCUAAGCCGUUCUCUGUGAAGGCGACAACUGUAGCAACUGUCCAUACGUACCUGGCCAAUACCGCGUUCUUGACUGCGCUCGCCCUCGGCUGUCUGUUACACUACAAGCGAAUCGUGAAGAAUGAGGUAGCGGGAUAUCCUGACGAAUGGUUCCCAUCUGUAUCUGCGACAAUCGGGGAUUGGUAUCCUGAGCGCAAUAUAUUUCAAAUCCUGAUAGCAUUGACUGCUGGCCCCCGGUUCGCCGUUGUUUUCUUGCAAUAUUACCUUGCUCGCACGAAGAACUCCAAGCUUGCGGUGGUUGUGCUGAUUUCGGGACUUGUGCGCACUGUAUCAUGCGGAGGAUGGGUUUAUAUCACAUCCUCAGAUGAUCAUGACGUCCACGACUUCUUCAUGGUCACAUACAUAGUCUGUAAUAUUCCAUGGAUGUUCGGCGGUUUGGCGUGUACCCCCUCCGAUAACCAUACCGCUAGACGAAGACGUCAACUGGUUUCUGGGGCGUUCUUCGGCUCCCUUGUACCUCUGGUGUACUUUUUCAUCCAGCACAAGGUGCACCGCAUACCGGGAGCGUAUACCCGUUAUGCGUUCUGCGAGUGGUCACUCAUCUUCUGCGACAUUGCCUACGACUCCAUCGCCGAGAUCGACUUUCGCCGCGCGGAGUUGGAGGUCGCGCUAGGCGUCUCCUUGAGGAGUACGGCAACUGACGAAAUAUUAGCGCAAGCACCUGCCAUGCCUGAAACUCCCACAGAAGCGCAAGCGAUAGUAGAAGACAAUGCUGAAGCUGACAAUCAGCCUGCGCGUCAGGACGUGUCACACUCAUGGGCGUCGACCCUUGCCAUCAUCGUGCCAAGGCCAUUAGUUGCAUUCCUCUCCGACGCAUACCUCGCCUACGUCUUCUGGUCAAUCUACACCUCCCUCGUGCCAACCCUGUUCUACUUCUCCAUCUGGGAACUAGCCAUCGCCGGUUCCGAAAUUGCGCUCCUCUCCUGCCUAUCACCUGUCAUUCUCGGCAUUCCAGGUGCGCUUCCCUGGGCCGCAUCUCGUGACGGCCAGACAACGCUUCGCGCGCUGUCGCUCGUCGGGCUUGCAGUAUACGUGGUGAACAGUCCACUCGGGAGGCUGUUCGGUGUCGCAUUCGCGAAUAUAUGCCUGUUCGUAGGGCAAGCGGCGGAGUGGACCGGAACGGGAGAAAAGAGUGUGGAGUAUUCCGCUAUAUUGACCGGCCUCGGUUUGAUCAUUUCCAGCGUAACGAAGCUCGCGAACCAUACGAAUAACCCGAUAUGGCCUUUUGUGAACGAGAAUUCGGGAGGAUAUAACAAGACCGGCAUCGUCCUAGCCUGCUUGGCCUUGUACGAAGCGCACACCCGGCCCCGCCUUCAAGAGGAACCGACAUCUUCCAACGCAAAACAGGCCAAGCGCACCCGCCUUCCGGCAUCACGCGAGUUUGGGCCAUCCGGGACCUGGCUAACCGCCGCCGUAGCAGGAGGCAGCCUCGUCUACAGCCUCCACACGUUCCUGUCGGAGUCAAGUACCCUCAUCGCAUGGUUGUGGACCGGCUAUCCGAUCACAGGGCCUGUGCCGCACCUCCAUGGAGCGAUGACGAUCAUCGCCCAGUGCUUCGGCCUCCUCAUUCCCCUGGCGCUGAAAGGAUCGGGGAUCGGAGUGGACGUGCUCUUGCACCCGGUCUGGUUUGCGUAUGGAACGGCGAGCGCAUACACCCUGUACAGCUACAAGAAUUGGGUUGGAUAUUUCGGCGGCCUCAACCUGGCGAUUUACCUUAUGUCGGUUAUUCCUCCGGUUCUACUCGAGCUCGCCAGGGCCUCUCGAGGCCGGGAAGGAAAGACCUUUUUCUCGGCGUUCGUCGUCGUUUGUAUGCUGGAUCUUGCCAGUGUCUGGACGGUUGCCUAUGCGUUUGUGCCCGGCGGUGCCUAUCUUCGUGAGAGGACGGAUCUUGUUUUGAUAGCACAGAUGAGUGGCCUGGCGCUCAUCGCUCGUUGGCCGAACGGACAAGGAGCGUCGAGCUUGUUGAACACCCCGCUGCACGCCAAACGCUACGCUUCCGCCGUACUCGCAAUCUGCUCCGUACUGUCGGUCAUUGCUACGCUAUAUCGACUGCCGACGGAACCGCCUCGGCCGUACCGGCCAGCGUCGAGAAUCAUUCGAGCGGGCAUAUGGACGGUGCAUUUCGGAAUCGAUAAUGCUGGACGUGACAGCCAGCGAGGAAUGAGACACCUCAUUCACGACAUGGAGCUCGAUAUCGUUGGGCUCCUCGAGACUGAUCUACAUCGCAUCGUCUACGGCAACCGAGAUUUAACGCGGGUCAUCGCGGAGCAGGAAGGCUACUACGUUGACAUCGGCCCGGGCCCGAAUCAACAUACUUGGGGCUGUGUACUGUUAUCCAAGUUCCCAAUCGUCAACAGUACCCAUCAUCUCCUGCCAAGCCCUGAAGGAGAGCUGGCCCCUGCAAUCGAGGCUAUCAUUGAUGUGUGGGGUACGCUGGUCACGGCUGUGGUAGCUCACAACGGACAAGAGGAGACUCCAUUGGAUCGGGAGCUUCAAGCGACGGAAUUAGCUCGCAUUAUGUCUGCAAGCUACCCUCGCCCUGUGAUUUUCCUGGGCUAUGUUGUUACGAAGCCUCACGCAGCACGGCCAUCGCCCUACGAGAUCAUGGUACAGGAUGGUCAAGUACAUGAUAUUGAUCAAGAAGACGAAGACCGUUGGUGUGAAUAUAUCUUCUACCGUGGCCUGUACCGAACCUCCUACUCCCGACUGUCGCGAGGAUCUAUAACAGACACCGAGUUGCAAGUUGGGCAGUUCGUAGUGCCUCGAAUCGGCUCCGGGCCGAUAAAUGAUACCGUGGAAGCGCGUUAUCUCCGGUCCUUCAAGGAAGACCUCCCUACCGACCAUUGGUUCCCCAUGGAAUACUAUGGCGAUGAGGCCGGCGGCGGCGUCAAUGGCCACUUUUAUCAUGUAUUCUAUACCCCGCUAUAUUACAAAAUUCCGGAAGGGUCCGAAGUCUGAAAAUCUCCGUGGAACGGACUUUAUAUACAAAAAUGUGCAUUGCUAUGUUGCUGCAAUCAUACACACCCUCAUCACCGCUUCUCAUCCGUGCUACUGGCGUCGUCGCUGUCCUCUUCUGUGUCCUCUUCUGAGUCUCCUUCACUUGCGUGUCCCUCUUCAUCCUGUCCACCCUCACCAUCUUCGUCUUCACUCUCGCUCUCGCUCUCCUCGCUUUCCUCAUCUGCAUCCGCAUAGAACUUGUCCAAGUCUGUGAAUGCCCCUUUCGACGAGGUGACCGGCGUUCCUGAAGCUGUUGGGGUGAGUACGAUAGGUGUAGGGAGGUUUGACGCGGCAAUCGAUCGCGGGCCGGAGCCUAGCGCCGUUGGCACGAAUGCAGCGGCGGGCGGUCUGUCGUCUUCCGUAUCCCUAAGUGAUGGUUCGGCGCCUUCUUCGAGCCAGUCGGGCAAGACGCGAUCGCCGUGACCCUUUCCAGUGAUCGCUUCCAAUGAUCCCAGCAUAGCAUUAGAUUCUUCUUUCCAGGACUCUUGCUCGACGACCUUCCUUUUGCCCUCGAACAGCACUAAUCGCACUUGCUCUCUCCGCAGAAUGACCGCCGCCCGGUCCUCCUUCUCAUCGUCCCAUUCUUCACCCUGACCGUUGAGCGAUGGCGAGACUCCGGUCAGAAGGGCAGAAAGCAUCCGAGCGCGAUCGCGCACGUCGUAGUUGGCGUCGUAGCGAGCCAAGGAGAACACGUAGCGCGCGAGGAGAACCAAUCGUGGGUUGCUGGGGCAGAGGCAAAGCAGCUUCGCCGCAAGGGCGACGAUAGCUAGCUUUACCGCAGAUUGUUCAUCGCCAAACGUCUUUGCGGUCCUGCGGAGCACAUCCGGAGCCCAUGGCGCCGCUCCGCUCAACGAUUCGUCAUGUAUCCCGACCCCGUUCUGCUGCCCAGUGGGCACCGCGGGUGCGUACUCGCCGACGAGCCACACAACACAGGCCCGCGCCUGCGGAUGACGUAUCUCGUCUAUCCUAUACGCCAAUUUUGAUACGAUUGACACAGGAGUGUCUAGCGGAGUAGAUGCGGUGCCUGUCGGGUCGGUCUGUGAUUGUACAAGGGACUUCAGGACAACGACGGCGUUGGAAACCACGACAUCAUGCUUGCUCCUGAUGAGCCCCAUGAGGAUGUUUAGACAUUGCUGCGUGCACGAGAGCACGAUUCGAGCGCAAGAUCCAACGGCAUGUAUGGAAUCGCGGACGAGCUGAUCGUCGGUGUCUUCCGCGUAGUCGAUGAAUUCGCGCAGCAACGCUUGAUGGUUUUCCGGUGUAACCAAAUUUAGCAGCAAUCGGACCUUGAGAGACUUCACAACGCUGAAAUCAUCUGAUAGCACGAAGAAGCGGUUAUAGUGUGGUCGGAACAGGUCCUGGUGUUGACAGGCUAUCAUAGUUAUAUACGCCAAAAUCACCCGUUCUAUUUCUUUGGAAGAAACGAGAAGACGUAAUAGAGGUGAGACGAUCUUUGGCAGCGAUGACGGGGGUCCGAGGUAGUAGAAAGCCUUGAUGACAGCUAACACCACAGCCGGGUUUUGGGAUUGAAGAAGAGGCUCGGAACAAGUCAGCAACAAAUGCAGAUCCUUGUCCACCUCCUCUUCCGAGUCUCCAUUCGGUUUUUGCGUCACAGAGGGUUUUGGAAGCAUAACGCGAACGUAUCUUGUCAGCAAGUCGAUCAGGGCAACCUGACCCCACUCGUCGACGUCAAUCAGCGUUCGGCAUAGUCUGCGGUAGUGUGGAUGAAGCAAGUCCAGCCGGGUUGGACAUGUCGACUCGAAAGCGACAGCGACGCUGCCAAUCGAGAGCGGUGACCGGUCCCGCAAAAGUGACGAGAGUAUGCCGAUAAGAUCCGGAAGGUGGUUUUGAUCUAAGCUAUAGCAUCUGGGUAUUGCUAAUGCUGCAGCCUUACGCACGUACGGGCUCGUGUCUGCCGCACACUUCUUGAUAGCAAGGACCACAAUGCUUCCAAUCAUGGGGACCCCAAUACCGCUAAGAACUCUAAGCGCCAUUGCCCUGAUCAGAGGGUUGCUGUCUGUGAGGUCCUUCUGGAAAGUGUUGAUGGAGAGCAAGGCCAGAUCCGGCUCUUGCUCGGCGUAUCGAAGGAGGUAGAUGUAAACCAGCUUGCGGAUCUCGAGGUUGUGAGACGCGACAUUUUUAACGACUUGGGCGAAGAACUCGGAGACGUUGCGGCCUUUGGAUAUGAGCGCGAUGAGGCGUUUCAUGGCCUCGAGCUUUUCGCGAUCGCUGCUCGAAUCCAGCUGUUGGCGGAUGUUCUUGAGCUUGUCGUCCGUGGUGUCCAGAUAGGACGAGCCCGAUGCACCCAGCGAGAGAUCCCGAGUCCGUUCGGACAGCGUCUCCUGCAGCCGCUGACCCAGCCUGGAUGCAUUUUCGGUG